CAUAUGUGGAAUAUGAUAGCGGCUCUGCUAUACCUACGGCGUGUGAAAUUAAUGAUCAGCCAAAGCUUUACCAAAGUCCGGUACCGAUCUCUAUGCGGAGGUAGAAUUGAAAUAUCGUGAGCCAUCCCACUCGAGAUGGGGGUGAUUAGAGUGAGGUUGGUCGGAGUGAUGGAUAAAUUGGGGAAAGUAUGGACCGCACAAGGUGACGGCCGAGUGGAGAUCAAUUGCAUGUUUUCGAAGAUGAUGCCAUGAUGUUCAACAUACCCUCCAUGAUUUCUUAUUAGAUCCAAAAGUGGAAGAUGUGUGUUUGUCCCGCGUUGGAAGCUGUCUUGUUCGCCUCACCGGUCGUACAAGGUUUCGAUGUGUGGAGCGAAUCCGGCGAAUGCCACCAGCGCCCACCGACACCAAUGACAGAUAUAGAGGACAGGAUGCACCUCCAAUACACAAACUGUGUUGGCGAUACUCGAAGGUUGAUGGUCCGGAGCCCUAAAUCAGGGCAUUACCACCUUUCAAUGCAAUGCCCUACUCGAAUUUCCCGAUUGAGCUGGGUGUUGUCCUUUUUCGCGUGCAGUUCCCGGGAGAUUGGACUCGGCAAAUGUAUUUCACUAUGUCGACGGCCACGAUUCAAUGUCCGACACGCUUUGAAACGUGUUUGCUUGAUGGAAUUGGUGGCAGAGGGGAUGCGGGAGGGACGAGUGAAGGAGAGGAUGGAAAUGAGGAGAUGGCACUUGUCCGAGACAAAAUAGCGAGAGAGAGAGAGGAGAGGACAGACGGCGGGAGAGCCGGGGCCCGGAGGUGUGCGUGUGUGUGCUGAGUGAUGGGAGACAACCGUGACCACCU